AUGCAUAAAAAACGUGUGAUCGGCUCCCAGAUUUGUAUAUUGGCGGAGCAUCGCGAACUUUUGAAUCUCCACGCAAGAAUAUCGCUUUCCGUACUCUUUAGCUAUCAACUGCCAUUCCUUGAGGUGCCAGGAGCGUCUGUACGAAUCUGGGAGCCGAUGAGAUUCGCCAUGGUUACCUAUGUUUUGCUGGAAGCGGAAACCCAAUCCACAUUGAUGGAUUUGAUACACUACGCUACUGCCAAGGCGUUGAAGUUCACCGUCUCAGAAGAGUUACGCAAGAUUUUUCCCUGUAAAUGUGCGGAAACCUCUGAUUCGCGUGUGGAAAUGAGCGGCUCAAGUGCUGACUCACCUGCGAUCCUUUUCGAACAAAAAUCUGAAAUGCCUUCUUCGCAUUUUACUUUCCCAUCGCUAUCAGCUGCACAGCUUUUGGAAGACGCAAAUCCGACAAGCACGGUGAAGCAGGAGUUGGAUCGUGCAGCACAAAGCUGGGAGAACGAACCUAUGAGGAGCAUGGACACAAACCCUGACUCUAUGUCAUCAGAAAUUUCUCUCGAAGAAAGAGUGCAACAACUUGAAGCUACCGUGAGAAAGAUGGACAUCCGUGUCUUGACUUUAGAACAUGCUUCCCAUGUUGGAUUGCCCUCAACCAACCACGAUGGGGCUCAAGCUAGUAACAUUUACGAAAGUAACAGAAAACGCAAGCACUACAUGCCGCUGCCAGAAGCACAUCAAGUCGCUUCAACUAGUCAAGCAAAAAUGGGGGAAGACUGCAGCUCAUCAGUACCGUGUCCACCGCAACGUCUGCAACCAGUGCUAGUGAGAAAUGGUUUUGGUGAAAGAGUUGGAAGCAAGGUGCGGUCUUCUAUCAACUACCAAGAGGGCAGAGACGAGGAUUCGCAUCACACUGAGGACAUGCUACUCAAUAAACUUAUGAGUCUGGAGGAUGAGCUCAUGAGGUUGUCGCAAUUCAAAAAUCAGCGCUUGUUAGCCGAAGCGAUGUUAUUGGGAACAAUGUUCAAAUACGAGAAUCUGAGAAGGGAGCAUGUUCUCAACUACGGUCCACCUUUCAAGGUAGUUGAUCUGAACGAACUCCUGAGAGGUUACGCAGUUCCGAAAAGAGCACAGCAGAACGUCUCGCUUCAGAUCAUAGAUUUUUGCCGAUAUUAUUUCAAACAGGCGUGCGCUCCUGAUCCAUCCGAUAUAUGGAAUUACGCGUACCGUCUUUCAAGAGUUUCACGCAGUUCAACAUUGAACGACUUACCAAGUGUUGUUAUUGAUACAAUUGCUGAUUUCAUUUUGGAUGCACUAAACCUAGACAGUUGUGUAUUGCACGGAUCUCGGCUAGCCUUUUUGAGAGACUCGCAAGAUAGCUUCUGGCUAUCAUUGGGUGAGUCUGAAGAAGAGCGCGAAAGAACCUUUGAGGAGCUCUUGGAGAGGAAAUCUUUUUGGACCAACGAGACGAGAACAUUGAUAGCGCAAGCACUCGAGGAUAUUCGCUAUUACCGACUGUAUCAAGGAAUCCUGAUUCCCCCCAAGAAAAAUAAGGAUUCCGGUAAUGCAGUCGGAUACGGUCGCGCGGAGAAAUUGAAGAUGACAAGUGAAGAAUGGAAAAAAUUGAACUUAUUUUAAGAUUCGUGUUUGUUUGCUAAUUGCACCAUUUCAAACGGUUUCUCAUAUUUUCAGAUCUC